UACCUGCCCUACCUUCUGUUUUGAGAUCACUCGUGUGAUUUUUGACCUCUUCUCCUGCUGUCCCUGCAGCUCUCUUCCCUCCUGCUUCCUCACUGUGGUGGCUGGGCUAUUUCUCCCAUGACUCUCUGCGUCUAGACCUGGCUGUCCUGUGCCUUUGCCAAUCAAACCCGAGCUUCCUCUUCUAACAGUGAAGAGAGGGGCUCCUGCCCUUCUGGGUCACUUUUCUUCCCCUCACUUUGACACCAAGCCGCCACCGCUUGUGCUUCCCUGUGCCCUCUGCCCCCGCCCUGCCCGUCCUGGGCACCCAUCACCCAUGGAUGACUCGGAAGUGGAGUCGACCGCCAGCAUCCUUGCCUCUGUCAAGGAGCAGGAGGCACAGUUUGAGAAGCUGACCCGGGCGCUCGAGGAGGAACGGCGCCAUGUCUCAGCCCAACUGGAACGAGUCCGGGUCUCCCCACAGGACGCCGGCCCGGGCUUGGCCAACGGCACUCUCACCCGGCGGCACCAGAACGGCCGUUUCUUGGGCGAUGCUGACCUGGAAAGGCAGAAAUAUCCAGAUCUGAAGCUCAACGGGCCACAGGACCACAGCCACCUCUUGUACAGCACAAUCCCCAGGAUGCAGGACCCGGGCCAGAUUGUGGAGGAGACGUACACCAUGGAGGAGGACCCAGAAGGGGCUAUGUCAGUCGUGUCUGUGGAGACAUCAGAUGAUGGGACAACCCGGCGUACAGAGACCACGGUGAAGAAAGUGGUGAAGACUGUGACCACGCGGACGGUGCAGCAGGUGCCUGUGGGGCCUGAUGGGUUACCUUUGGAAACCUCCCCCGUCACCAGCAACUACGUCCAGACCAUGGACAGGAACUUCCGCAAGAAUGGCAAUGGGGGCCCUGGCAGCUACCUGAGCCAGCCGGGCACAGCCACUCUCCCUCGUAACUACCACUAUCCCGACGGCUAUGGCCGCCCCUACGAGGUGUCCCGUGUCACCCGCAUUGACGAGCGCUACCGCCCUUCCAUGGACACCUACCGGGCCCCCAGCCGCCAGGACAUCUAUGGCCCCCAGCCUCAAGUGCGUGUCGGGGGCAGCAACAUGGACCUCAACCACUUCCACCCCAAGCCAUAUGGCCUGGAGGAUGACCAGCGCAGCGUGGGCUUUGAAGAUGUGGACUACGGGCUUAUGUCUGACUACGGCACGGCCAGGCGGGCAGGGACCCCAUCUGAUCCUCGGCGGCGGCUCAGGAGUUACGAAGACAUGCUGGUGGAUGAAGUGGCCCCUGACCGGUACUACUGGGCCCCCCUGGCUCAGCACGAGCGGGGUAGCUUGGCUAGUCUGGACAGCCUGCGGAAGGGAGGUCCGGCCCCAGGUAACUGGCGCCAGCCAGAACUGCCGGAGGUCAUAGCCAUGCUGAGCUUCCGGCUGGAUGCCGUCAAGUCCAAUGCAGCUGCCUACCUGCAGCACCUCUGCUACCGUAAUCCUGUGCUGGUGGGGUUGCUAGACCACCCCAAGAAAGAGGUGCACUAUGGUGCCUGUGGAGCCCUCAAGAACAUCUCCUUUGGCAAGGACCAAGACAAUAAGAUUGCCAUCAAGAACUGCGAUGGGGUACCUGCUCUGGUGCGCCUGUUGAGGAAGGCCCAUGACAUGGACCUCACAGAGGUCAUCACAGGAACACUGUGGAACCUGUCCUCGCACGACUCCAUCAAGAUGGCCAUUGUGGAUCAUGCACUGCAUGCCCUGACCGAUGAGGUUGUCAUUCCCCACUCAGGCUGGGAGCGGGAACCCAAUGAGGACUCGAAACCCCGCCAUAUUGAGUGGGAGUCAGUGCUCACCAACACCGCCGGCUGCCUUAGGAAUGUGAGCUCAGAGCGGAGCGAGGCCCGUCGGAAGCUGCGGGAAUGUGACGGGCUGGUGGAUGCCCUGAUUUACAUCGUCCAGUCUGAGAUAGGCCAGAAGGACUCAGACAGCAAGCUGGUGGAGAACUGUGUGUGCCUGCUGAGAAACUUGUCCUACCAAGUCCACCGUGAGAUCCCCCAUGCCGAGCGCUACCAGGAGACACCUCUGGCCCCUGCCAACAACGCUGGGCCCCAUGCCGCAAGCUGCUUUGGUGCCAAGAAGGGCAAAGACGAAUGGUUCUCCAGAGGUAAAAAGCUCCCAGAAGAUCCUGGUGCCGAUACAGUGGAUUUUCCCAAAAGAACAACUCCAGCCAAAGGUUACGAGCUCCUCUUCCAGCCAGAAGUGGUCCGGAUAUACAUCUCCCUUCUAAAGGAAAGCAAGACUCCAGCCAUCCUAGAAGCUUCGGCAGGAGCCAUUCAGAACCUAUGCGCUGGCAGUUGGACGUAUGGCCGGUACAUCCGCUCGGCGCUGCGCCAGGAGAAGGGACUCUCCGCCAUUGCUGACCUCCUGACCCAUGACAGCGAGCGAGUGGUGAAAGCAGCAUCGGGAGCCCUGCGCAACCUGGCUGUCGACUUGCGUAACAAAGAGCUGAUAGGUAAACAUGCCAUCCCCAACCUAGUGAAGAACCUGCCUGGAGGCCAGCAGACCCCAGCCAAAAACCUCUCUGAGGACACAGUGGUGUCAAUCCUCAACACCAUCAAUGAAGUAAUUGUAGACAACCUUGAGGCUGCCAAGAAGCUGCGGGAAACGCAGGGGAUUGAGAAGUUGGUGCUGAUCAACAAAUCUGGAAACCGCUCAGAGAGAGAAGUCCGAGCAGCUGCCCUCGUCUUGCAGACAGUCUGGGGAUAUAAAGAGCUGCGGAAGCCCCUGGAGAAGGAAGGCUGGAAGAAGUCAGAUUUCCAGGUGAGCCUGAGCAAUGCCUCUCGGACCCAGGGAGGCAACUCGUUUGAUGACAGCACCUUGCCUCUCAUCGACAGGAACCAAAAAACAGACAAGAAAUCCUCCCGGGAGGAGAUCCAGAUGAGCAACAUGGGACCAGACAACUAUUCCACACUCAAUGAGAGGGACCACAGCAGGACACUGGACCGAUCUGGUGACCUCGGAGAUAUGGAGCCAGUGAAGGCAGCACCGUUGAUGCAGAAGAUCUAGCUGCCGUCCCCACCUCCACUCAGUUUGGGUUGAUAAUAUAUUAUAUAUAUAAAUAUAUAUAUAACUCUUCAUGAUGAAAUGGACCAACUUUUACCUUGUCUUAUUUUUUGGAUUUUUUGCUGGACUGUUUGUGCCAACUAGCCAGCCAAAUAACUGGGCCUGAUCCCCCAGGGGCAGCCCGGGCUGCUCUGCCUCCUCUAGACCGCUGCACCUCCCUGUUUUGGGACACCUCAACCAAUAACUCUUCCUCCCUGUCCUCCACCACCUCCUUCUUCCAGAGAGUAAAACCCUCCUGCCUGACUCUGCCGGAUUGACCGGUGUGGAUGCUGCAAAAGGACUCUGGAUCUCUGCCUUGACCAGGAACUGCCUUCUUUCCCAUGCCUUCCCUCUGGAGACGUCUGCAGGGACAGAGACUGGGACCUCACUUGCCGCCUUUUUUGUUUGUUUGUUUUGGGUUUUUUGUUGCCUAUAGGAUAUAUUUUUGUGCGGGAUCGCUCUUCAACCAGGGCUGUGGGGACAACAGGAGCAUCCCUCCCUGGUGGCGGCAGGACCAGGGUGAGGGGGGCUGGAGUCAUGGGGGGGUGAGGGGAAGGAAAAACAGCAAUAAGUUCUCUUGCUUUGCUCUAGAUGAGGUUUUGGGGGCAUGGGAAGGGGGAUCUGGCUCUGGAUCCUGCGGAGGGGUCUGGAUGGGGCCGCUGGCCCCCACCCCAUGACUGUGUGAGGAGGGAUCCUUAUGUGGGGAAGAUGGUCAGCGUGGGGGGCUUGGGAUGGGCCUCCCUGUGCAGGAGGCGAUGGGUCCCUGUGGAAGGAGGAGAUGCGGCAGGGCUUUUGGGGAGAGGCAGGCUUCUUGGGGCGCACUGUGUGCCAGGUGUGAGGAGCAGGCGCUGGCGGGGCUGCAAGUGGGUAGAGCCAGGAUCCCCUCUCUCACCCCCACGCACCAGCUGCCUGUGGCGGUGCCCCUCUGACUUUCUCUUGACAUGUGCCUUUCUUUUGCCACUGUGAAAUAGCUCUUUUGAAUCGUACUGUCUGGCUUCUUUGCUGGGCAAGGGGUGUUUCCUGGGCUUCCAGCAGGGCUGAGCGCUUCCCUUCCCUGCUGGGAGCCUUAACUGUCUGCAGUGGGGCUGGAAGCCUGUUUUGGGGGGGAUCCCAGCUACCCUGCCCUCACUGAUGGGGUGCAGGGCUCUCAUCUGCAUCCUGUCCUGGGGAGACUAGGUUGCCACAUGAGCUAGGACAUACGUAUACUCCUCCUCUUCUCUGCUGUGGUAGUGGGGAGCACAUCUAAGUGCUGUGAUCUUUUGGGGAGCCCUUGGGCUCCCUAUGCAACUGGAAGCCUCUCUAGGAGGCUGCAAACUGGAGCAGGAGCCCUCCCCAGCCUGGGGCUCCCCCUGAACCAUAGGCUCAUGUGGGGAGCGGGGAGGCUGCAGCAGGCAGAACUGGUGCCUUGCUCCUCCCUGCUCCUCUACCUGAAAGCACCUCCCAGCUCUGGCUGAGCCCUCCCUGGCUCCAGCCCCACCUCAGCUCAGUUUGGUUUUGUUCUGGGGUCUAACUUCUCUUUUCAUUUAAAUAUGUAAAACACUAAUUCCUUUUUUUUAAUUUUUAAUUGCAAAUGAACCAAAAAAAGGUUACCCCCUUCUCUCCUCCCCUGCCCUGGCUCUCCUGGGCCACCCCUGCCCUGGCGGGGAGUGGGGCUAGGGAGGAGGGGAGCAGGGAGCAACAAGCAGUUCCUUGUCUGAUUCCUGUGCACACUCUUGUAACGCUUUUAAAACAAAAUGAUUUUUUUAUAUAAAUAAAGUUUUUAAAGUGUG